UGCUUCUGCCACCCACAUCCCUCCUCUUUCUUCACUAUAGAGAGAGAGAGAGAGCGUCUCUCACUAACCUCUCUCUUUGCAUUGUUUUUCUCACUAGCCGCUUCUUGUUCCUCUUUUUUUUUCCUUCUUUCUCUUGAGGGUCACUGCAUGUUUUGUUCUUUGACUCGAACCAUUACUCUCUGGAGUUUAUUCUAUCAGAGAAGAUAAACAACGGGGACAAUGUCUGCUCCUUCAUGCAGUGUCGGAGGAGAAGUAGGUGGUGAAACAUGUUCGGCUCUAGCUAAGUCGUCCCUGCCACCACCGCCUCGCCCGAAGUCUCCGCCAGAAUAUCCAGAUUUGUACGGGAAACGCAGAGAGGCGGCGAGAGUCCAGAUGCUAGAGAGAGAGAUUGGUUUUCUCGAGGGGGAAAUUAAAUUCAUCCAAGGCGUACAACCGGCUUCCAGAUGCUGCAAAGAGGUCUCUGAUUUUGUCGUUGCAAAUUCUGACCCAUUGAUCCCUGCACAACAAAAGAGUCAAAGACACGGCCAGUUCUGGAAGUGGCUCUGUUGCGGUAUUCCAUGUUUGAGCCUAGCGAGUUUCUUCUGUUGCUGCCGAUCCAACUGUUCGUGCCAUCUGAGGAAGCCCAAGUGCUGUAACUGCACAAGUUGCAGCUGCACUGGUUCCAAAUGCUGUGAAGGAUCAUGUUGCUCAAAUAGCUGUUGUUGCCCGAAACUGAGCUGCCCGAGCUGUUCAUGCUUCCGAGGUUGCUGUUGUUCUUGUCCGGACUUAUCUUGCUGCCUACCCACCUGUCUGAAUAAGAAGAAGAAGAGCUCCUGUUGCAGCUGCAACUGCAAGAUCAGAUGGUCAUCUUGUUUCAGAUGCCCCAAGGUACAACUUUGUUGUUGUUUUUGCAAUUGUAAAAAUCUAUGUUCUAAUCCUUGUUGUUUAGCUUUCUAAACGUUAUUAUAGUUAUAGGUCUCUAUAGUCAUAUUUUUGUUCAUUUCUUCUUGUUUUUUUCUAAACAUUAUUAUAGUUAUAUGUGUUCAUUUCUUCUUUAUCUGCU